AUGGUCGCGCCAGGACAUAUCGCAUCAUGGGAUCAUCGCUCCGAUAGCGAUAAAUCCGAGGAUCUGAGUGAUAAAUUCGACCAGAGCCCUAAACAAAAAAAUCUCGAUCUCGAGGGUCAGGGUCGUCGCUUGUCGCAUGCCCAUGUCGCAGUGGACUCGUCUUCCACCACCGAGAGCGUCGGUCGCCAAAUUGAGCUGGAAUCUGAGAAUGGAAUCAAAUAUCGUACAUGCAGUUGGCAGAAGACGGCUGCAUUGCUCUUUUCGGAGUACAUUUGUCUGGCGAUGAUGUCCUUUCCCUGGUCUUACUCGGUUCUUGGUUUGGUUCCGGGUCUGAUUUUGACUGUUUUCAUUGCUGGUGUGGUGUUGUAUACUUCGUUAAUUAUUUGGAAAUUCUGUCUGCGACACCCGGAAAUUCGCGAUGUGUGUGACAUCGGCCAGUAUCUAUUCUGGGACUCGAAAUGGGCAUGGUGGUUCACUGCCAUCAUGUUCCUUCUCAACAACACCUUUAUUCAAGGCUUACAUUGUGUUGUCGGGUCCGAAUACCUCAACACCAUCUCCAAUGGCGGUGCCUGCACCGUCGUCUUCUCGCUUGUUGUGGCGAUCAUCUCCUUCUUCGUUUCCUUGCCACGAACAUUUAGCGCUCUUGCACGAUUGGCCACCCUUUCCGCCUUCUUCACAUUCAUCUCCGUCCUCCUAGCCAUGAUUUUCAUCGGAAUCGAAGGUCACCCGGCCGGCUACCCCAGUGCUGGCGAGCCAGAAGUUCUCGCCUUUCCAGCCAAGGGCACAACCUUUGUCAGUGGUAUGAGCGCCUUCCUGAACAUCAGCUACACAUUCAUCGGUCAAAUCACCUUGCCCAGCUUUAUCGCCGAGAUGAAGGAGCCGCGCGACUUCUGGAAGUCCGUGACAGCCGUAACCAUCGCCGAGGUGAUAUUGUUCAGUCUAGUCGGAUCCAUCAUCUACGUCUAUACCGGCUCGCAAUCAGCAUACAUGACAUCGCCGGCCUUCGGCUCGAUAUCAAACGAGGUCUACAAGAAGGUCUCCUUCUCGUUCAUGAUUCCUACCCUCAUUUUCCUCGGCGUUCUUUACGCCUCCGUCUCUGCGCGUUUCAUUUUCUUCAAUAUCUUCGAGGGAACACGCCACAAGACUCAAAACACGGUGGUGGGCUGGGCUUCCUGGGCUGGAAUUCUAGCCGUGCUUUGGGUUAUGGCGUGGAUCAUCGCCGAGGUUAUUCCGUUCUUCUCAGAUUUGGAGUCGAUUAUGAGUUCAUUGUUUGACUCGUUCUUCGGUUUCAUUUUCUGGGGAGUGGCCUAUCUUCGCAUGCGGAGGGAUGACCACGGACCUCAUUUCUAUAAGACUCGGGGAAUUCGCGGCUGGUUGGGUGCAAUUUUCAACGUCAGUCUGAUCUUAAUGGGUCUUUAUUUCUUAGGGGCUGGUACCUACGCUUCUGUCAUGUCCGUGAUCAUCAGCUACAGAGAGGGUAGUGUUGGUGGUGUUUUCACUUGCGCCAGCAACGGACUGUAA